AUGGGGUGGUGGUUUUUGGCCCUGAUGCUGGUGUUAGUCCCCUGGCAUACUAGAAACCUUAGCUUGUGGCUGUGGGUCUUGAUGUCCUGCUUCCCUGAGGUUAACCCCUGCCUGCUCUGCUUUGGGCCCCCUAUUCAGCGGGCACGGCUUUGCCAUGAGAUUACCGGGGCCUUUGCUGAUGAGCUCAGACAUAAAAAAUGCAUUGAGGCCAUUGUUGAGGCUUCUAAACCACUUGCCUCUGUCACUGUAGCAUCAGGACAGCGUGAGGAGCUUCGGGAGAUCGUCAUGGAUGCGAUGUAUUCUCUAGAGGAGCGAUGGGGCAAGAAGUCCUUGAACAAGUCUCUGCAGGAAGCUGUCAGCACAAUCUGGAAGAAGCUGAGCCAGCUGGAAAAAGUUCCAGCCUGUGUCCCACCCUGUGGAUUCCAGCAAGCUGCCCGUGUGUUCCAGUGUGCUACCUGCCGCUUCAUGGACUGUCAGUUUGCCCUGGACUGCCCAGUGCAGGACCUGUGGACCUACACAGAUGAAACCAUCGUGCUGCGCUGCAACGUGCCUUUCCACAUCCCGCCAGGCGUGCCCAUCACCUGGAUGUUUGCCCCAAAUCUGCGCACACAGGACAUGGCACUGUUCAAAGAGGUGAAGGGGAAUCCAGAGAAGCCCUUCAGUCUGACCAUUGAGGAACCUGCUCCAGGAACCGUUGCCUGUCGCCUGGGGGAGCCAACCAAGCCCAUUAUCCGCAAGUUCUUCUACCUCAACGUAUCAGAGGGAAGCGUGGAGGAAGAGAAAGGACUGCAGACUUUGUUCAGCACUGUGUUGAACUGGGAUGACGAGACACCUACCCACAUACCAUACCUGGGGCUGGCUCUGGGUUUUGGCUCCAUGGCAUUCAUUCUGCUGCUGAUGGCCAGCUGGCAGUGCCUCAGUGUCCAUCAGAUCCACCGCAGACGUGGACAUCAGGGUCAGGACUGUGUCCCACUGGGGAUUCAAGACUUCUCCUGCUUCCCCCAGAUACAGACCCCUCUGCCUGUGUCAUGCACCCCAGAACACACCAGCUGCUCCAAACACUGCCCCAUAGCAGUUCCCCUCCCUGGGGACCUUGGGGCUGCUCUGCUGCCCCACCCCAAGCCAGGCUGGGCUGGACUGGAGCAGAUUAAACAAGAGCCCCUUGACCUGGCAGCACCAGCUGCAGUGGUGGAGGCACAAAGGAAACCAACCUGA